UCACUCAUUUUCCAAGUAAUGUCAUCCACAAAUAACAAAUGCUUUCUGUUUGGUCUGUACCUUUAACCAGUUUGCUAAGUGCAAUAGUAAGCACCCUUCUAAACAGGAAGUUCUAACUCUUGUGACUCACACUGUUCUGCAACUCCAAAGAUUUCCUAAGUUCCUCUUCCGUCAAGCAGAAUCAUUUCCAGAGAGAUACAAGAAAUGGCAUCUUUCAACAAAUUAAAGAACGUGCUAAUGCUGGCAUUUGACUGGAUUCUGUAUGGUGCUGGUGUUGCAGAUACCUGUCAAGUCACUGUAAGACAACCGAGAUUUCAGGAAGCUGACUACUCCAUGCAAACUGUGUUCCUAACAUGUGCUUUCUCUGCCUCUGGAUGCUCCUCAUCUCUACCCCAAUUUCUAUGGUUUCGCUUUUUAACUAAUAAGCAUGAGGAUUUGUGUACUCCUGCAUGCAGAGAUAAUCAGAAGUACAAAGUACACUUAUCAGGAAAUAAUGUUUCACUUCAGAUCAAUAAUCUGACUGUAGAUGACAAUGCUGUUUAUAUCUGUGGAAUAGCAUUUUCAGAUUCAAAUACAACCAGGUCUAAACAAACAGGAGAUGGAACAAUACUCAUUAAAAAAGGAGCAGCGAAGCAGCACAGCAAUGGAAAACUCGUCUUCAUCCUCAUGAUCAUCACCUCAUCCUUACUGUUUCUAUACAGCACUGCUGUGUUCACAUUCUUUGUAGUCUACAAGUUAAAACCAAAGCUGCUAACAAAAAGUCAGAAUGAAGACCAAAGAGAGAACUGUAAAAUCACUAGUGGAAGAAAAAUUUUUCAAGCAAUUGCCCAAGAACUUCAAAAGCAGAGGUACACUGAACAUUGCCAACAGCCUAUAUUUCCACCUCCUUCAACUUAGAGUCUAAACUAAGUAUUCAGCAUCACUGGGUAAAGCCACACAACUUAUUUCAUCAUUCCAAAUUUAUGCCAGUAAGUCUUCUAUGACCAUAUGACAAUAAUUUUGCAUAUGACAUGUAAGUUACAAAACCCAACUUUAGAAGUUACAUGUAUUUCCAAGCAAAGAAAAUGGCUUCAAAACCCUGCUUCAGAGACAUUGCUUCUCUUGAGAAAAAAAUACAAAUUCUUUCCUAUUCUGAGGAUGGACCACACCACUUCAGAGAUGCGGGGUGAAACCAAAAGAAACAAAGAAUAGAGUCAAACACUUCUUCUCUAUAUAUUUUUACUUAAUUUAUUUUCAUACAGCCCCAAUUGUUUUUCUCUGUAAUUAUACCUUUAAAGACUUCAAGUGCCUGCUGACAUGACUUGGUCCUUGGUUUGAGCAUCAGAUAUGAACACAGUGAAAAUAAGCAGUAAGUUUUACUGCCUCUGUGCUCCAUGGAGAUCAGGAAAAGCCAAGAGGAAAAGAAAUAUGUUUUGAAUCUUGUAGAUGCCACAUGGACAAAAGCAACUGGAUAAGUGGGGAGAAGAGUUUUCUGAAACAGUAAAGGGAUAGAAUUUGCCUCAAAAAGGAAAUUCUGCCUUUAUUAAAAAAAAAGUUCACAUCAGUAAUGAAAUACUUCUACAUU